AUGCACGGACGUAAAGGAGGAGGAGAACUGAUGGAGGCUGUGGUGCGAGUGAAAACAACGCGAGAGGUUGAAAAUAUCGUUCGCGCGUGCGCGGAGUUCAAGAAACCAGUGGUUCCGAGAGGCGCCGGGACGGGAUUGGAAGGCGGGUGCGUGGCGUACUUUGGUGGGAUUGUUUUGGACGUGUCGCUUUUGAAAACGAUGUCGAUGGAUGAGAUGCAACGCACCGCGACGGUCGGCGCGGGCGUGUUGAAGAACGAGUUGAAUACGUUUUUAGAACCGUAUGGGUUUAUAUUCGGCCCGGAUCCGUCCUCGAAUCCAAGCGUCGGCGGGAUGGCGAGCACGGGGGGGAGCGGAUUGUCAACGCUCAAGUACGGAACGUCGAAGGAAAAUAUCGUGAGCAUGAAAGUCGUCACGCCGAAAGGCGAGUGCAUCGAAACCAGACGAAACGUGAGGAAAAGCUCAACGGGGUACGAGUUAAACGCUCUGUUUUUAGGCGCGGAAGGCACUUUAGGCGUGAUCACGGAACUGACCGUGAAAUUGUUUCCGAUUCCAAAAACGAGAGUCGGGGCGGUGGUGCAAUUUGAAACGGUUCGCGACGCCGCGGAAACAGUCGUGUUGGCGCGAAACGCCAAUUUGGAGACGCUGUUGAGGUGCGAAAUGUUAAACUCGGAAGGCGUGCAAGUCUCAAACGUCGUGUUUAAGACGAAAAUGAUUGAAACGCCUACGUUAUUUUUAGAGUUUGUGGAUUCCAAGCUACCCGACGAAGGCGGAUACGAGAGAGCGAAAGCAGAUUACGACCGUUUCAUCGAACUCGCGACCUCGAAAAACUGUCGAAAGAGCACGAUACAGUUUGCGAAAAACGCCGACGAGUUGGAUUCAAUUUGGGAAGCGAGAAGAGGAUGCUAUCUUGGGGCGAUGCGAUAUCGCGGCAUACAGUUGGGCACGCACAAAAAAGAGAAAGUUUACGUCGGGGACGUGUGCGUACCGAUUUCGAAACUCGCGGACUCGAUCGCCAACGCAGAAAGGUUGUUUAAACGAGCGAGAUUCCCGUGCGUGAUGUGUUGCCACAUCGCGGAUGGCAAUUACCACUGCUUAAUUCCGUUCAACGACGAUAACGAAAAAGAGUUACACAAAUUAGAAGAGGAGUUAGUCAACGCCGCGUUAGACGUCGGAGGUGUCGCUUCGGGCGAACACGGCGUUGGCGUCGGGAAGAUGAAACACAUCGUCCGCGAACACGGCGAGGCGCACAUUGAUAUCCAAAGGUCGAUAAAGAAAGCGUUGGAUCCUUUGAACAUAAUGAACCCGGGGAAGGUGAUAUCGUGGACGAGUCCUUCUUCUUCUUCUUCUUCUUUACGAUCAAGGAGUAAGCUGUGA